UACUACUCCGUACACGCCUCGAUUUACCAAUCUCCUUUCUUUCUUCCCCAAUCUGAUAUCGACAUCCUUACGUACCACUUCUCGUGCAAUGGCGACCUCGUCGUCGCCUCCCAAACCCAAUGUCGGUAUCUUAUCUAUCGGAGACAUGGGCGUUGGAGUGGCCCGGCUCCUUCGUCAUCAUCAAUACGACGUUUACACAGUAGGUGCAGGAAGAAGCCAGCACACUCUCGACCGGAUCAAAUCCGCACAGAUAAAAGCCUUAGAUAACGACGAAGCGCUCGUCGCCGAGUCGGAUAUCAUCCUAAGCAUCGUGCCUCCACGAGAUGCAGUCGCUACAGCGCACCGAGCUUACCACGCUUGCAAUUCUCAUACGGCAAUCAAGCGUCGGAAUGAGAGGACCUCUCCAUCGUCGAGACUAGUCUACAUUGACUUGAACGCCAUCAGCCCGCACAGUACGAGAUCCAUCAGCGCCCUAUUCAGCAGUGCGAAGUCUCCGUCACCUUCCAAGGCCCAAGGCAUCACCCGCCGCUCAUUCAGCUUCCACAGAUCCGAGUCGGAACCGGAUUUGCAACCGAUCGAGAUCGAAUUUCUCGACGGCGGCAUCAUUGGUGGACCGCCCUCACUACGCGAAGACAAUACCUGGAAACGGCCAUCGAUCGUCAUAUCGGGACCUCGACACUCGAAGAUAUUGCCGAGAGACUUCCUCGACACUCUGAAUUUGAGAAUUGUCGGCGAUACCAUAGGCUCUGCAUCGGCGCUGAAAGCGUGCUUCGCUAGCCUCAGCAAAGGUAUGAUCGCGCUGAGUAUUUUGAGUUUCACGACGGCGCAUCAAGCGGGCGUUCUCCCGGCGCUGGAAGAGCAUUUGAAAGAAUUCAACCCGGGCGCACUGGCGGCGGCGAAGCAUGGGUUGACCGGCAUGCCGCCCAAGGCAUACCGCUGGGUCGACGAGAUGAGGCAGAUCAACGAGACGUUCGUGGAGGAAGGAGGGUUCAGUCCGGAUGUGCUUGCGGCCGAGGAGGGGCGUGCGGGUAUGGGUGUGAGUGUUGGAACGGCAGGUGUGUUCGAGGGCGUGGCGGAGAUAUAUAAGCUCAUUGCGGAUGAUACCGUGCUGGGCCAGGAGAGGGUCGAGAGUAGGAAGAGAGGCACGGAUGUUGCGGAUGUGGUCGAGUGUAUUGGUGAAGGCAUCAGGGCCAAGAAGAGGAAGCUUUCGGGGGAGGAUUGGAAGAGGAGUUGGUCUUGACACUGUACGGGUAGAGUUGCCCAUGAAGGUGUGAAGGUGGGAAGUGCAUGCUACCUUGAGGUAGUAUUGAGAUGAGAUCGUUUUGGCAUUGCUUUAUACAGUAGAAAGUAGACCAGAAGGAGGUAUGGUCAGUAUCACUGACAGCGAGAUCUAUCUACUAUGUGAUGCCCACUGCUUGCUGUCCACAGCCCACCGCCGAUCAGGGGGUUUCAGGGCUAAUACUGGCAUCACUGCCCAAGGCUGACCGAAUUCUUCACGGCGCACUGCAGACUAGAAG